UCUGAUAGAUACACCCACUGAGAGAGAGAACCAUCGGCACUUCCUUUGCAACCUAGCCACCCUACACACAUGGUUGCUACUCCGAGAGAAGCUCACAUAAAUAUAUGUAUCCAGAGGUGUAAUUCAGAUUUAUUGGAAGGCUUGCUAAAUCUGUUCAAACUUUUUUAAACUUUUUUUUCCCGAACAGCAGAUUUCUAUGCGUUUUGCUGUUCACGCAAACAUCCUCUAACGGCAUCCAUUUGAACACAUCGAAGCAGGGUGUGUGGUUGAUAAGGAUCGGAGAUCUAUCCAGAACUAAACGGCCCAUCUAGCAGCAGCAGCAAGAAAAAGCAUCUGAGCUGGAAAGGAGCAGAAACGCCGCCGCCGCCUAGCGCUUUUUAAAUCAUCUUCUAGUUACGUUUCCGAGCGUCAGACAGUCUGAUUCUCCUCUGAAGUUGGCUCCAGCCUUAGCAGCCGCAUUGGAUCCCACAGCAUACUGCGAGACUCCGGUCUACAAUCCGGAUCUCUGCCCCAACAUGAUCGCAGCUCAGGCCAAGCUGGUUUACCAUCUCAACAAGUACUACAACGAGAAAUGCCAAGCCAGGAAAGCGACCAUUGCGAAAACUAUCCGGGAAGUCUGCAAAGUGGUCUCGGACGUGCUAAAGGAAGUGGAAGUGCAGGAGCCCCGCUUCAUCAGCUCCUUGAACGAAAUGGACAACCGCUACGAGGGGCUGGAAGUCAUUUCGCCCACCGAGUUCGAAGUGGUCCUUUACCUGAACCAAAUGGGCGUUUUCAAUUUUGUGGACGACGGCUCGCUGCCCGGGUGCGCGGUGCUCAAAUUGAGCGACGGGCGCAAGAGAAGCAUGUCCCUUUGGGUGGAGUUCAUCACGGCCUCGGGUUACCUCUCAGCCCGCAAAAUCCGCUCCCGCUUUCAGACGCUCGUGGCCCAAGCCGUGGACAAAUGCAGCUACCGAGACGUUGUGAAAAUGGUGGCGGACACCAGCGAGGUGAAGCUGCGGAUCCGGGAUAGAUACGUGGUGCAGAUCACGCCGGCUUUUAAAUGCACCGGGAUCUGGCCCAGAAGUGCUGCCCACUGGCCCCUGCCCCACAUCCCCUGGCCGGGUCCGAACCGCGUGGCCGAGGUCAAAGCCGAAGGCUUCAACCUCCUAUCCAAGGAAUGCCACUCGCUGGCGGGCAAGCAGAGCUCGGCCGAGAGCGAUGCCUGGGUCUUGCAGUUCGCCGAGGCCGAGAACAGACUUCAGAUGGGCGGUUGCCGAAAGAAAUGCCUCUCGAUCCUCAAAACGCUGCGGGAUCGCCACCUGGAGCUACCCGGGCAGCCCCUCAACAACUACCACAUGAAGACCCUGGUUUCCUACGAGUGCGAAAAGCACCCGCGGGAAUCGGACUGGGACGAGUCUUGCCUGGGCGACCGCCUCAACGGGAUUUUACUGCAGCUCAUCUCCUGCCUUCAGUGCAGGCGGUGCCCGCAUUAUUUCUUGCCCAACUUAGACCUUUUCCAAGGCAAACCUCACUCCGCCCUGGAAAACGCAGCCAAACAAACGUGGCGGUUGGCGAGGGAAAUACUCACCAACCCCAAAAGUUUGGAAAAACUUUAGGAGGCCGCGGAGACGCAGCCGUCCACCUAUUCAGCCGCCUCCUUCUCUUUUCGAGGAUUCUGUGGGGAAAACUCAGGUGCUGCCAGCCGACCACGCGAAACGCCAGCCUGCAACAGAAGGAAGAGGCCGUCCCCGCAGGCGAAGCGCACCGCACUGCACCGCACCGCACGGAUUACGACUUGUCACCAUCCCGGCAUCCACGUCCCCGUUCGGAAAAACCAAACCAAGAGUGUUGUUAUCACCUGGGGAGAGGCAAUAGGGGCUACACUUCAGCCUGCCUGCGAGCAUUGCUGAACAGAAACCAGACCAGGGGGAUUAUAUUAACCAGGCCAGUAUUUUUUUUUCCUUUUGCGCGAGGCCACCCGAACAAAGAAAAGCAAACAAGCCCCCACCGCGGUUGUCUCUCCCCUCUCCCCUCCCACCCCUGUACAUUUUGAAACAUUGUAUGGAUUAUUGUGGUCUCGCGUUGUCUUUGAAAUUGUGGAUGUUAGUGUUUUGUGAUUUGGUGAAAAA